AUUUAAAAAAAUUAUAAUAAAGCGUAAGAGCUGAACUCCAUUUAAUUAUUCGUUGCGAUCAGAGAGAGUCCGAUGAUCGGACGCAGUGCUUAAAUAUAUUUUCUGGAGUCAACAAAACUUAAUUUGCAACGUAAGCAUUUCGAGCAGCUGCUGAAGGAGAAAAACAAAGGGUUAUGAAGUUGUUGCUGAUUUUGUGCGCUUUUAGCGUGCUCGCGGUGCCUGGGUACUCCGCCUCCUCCGGAGCAGGCGGAGCCAUCCAACAGACCGUGGACAUUAUACGCUUUAUCAAGGAGGUCACCCAGACGAUCCUCCAUUCCUGGAGCCUCAUCGAAAAGCUGCCCGUGGCUGAGGUCACAGCGGGAGCUGUGAUCUACGAGCACCAGCAGCGACUGCUCCAGCAAAUGGAGGCUGUGAACGGGAAUAUCCGGCGACUGGAAGAGCAGCAGGCACUCAGCACUGCCUUGACCAUCGAGACGCUGCUGCGAAAGACACGAGACCAGUCGUCGCUUCUCCAUCGACUUGCGCAGCUGAAGAGCCUGAUGAAACUCGUGGACAUUCGCUACUCACAGCUGGGGGACUACGAGCAGCACAAGGACACCCUGGAGCCGAGCACGCUGCUCAAGUUCUCCCUCUGGAGCGUGGAUCCCGCCCCCGACUCACUCUCCUCGCAGCUGGAAUUGCUGGUUACCUGCCUCUACGGCGAUGAUUCCUUGGCCAUCGACAGCCAGAAUGACCACUCCCUACUCUCCGAUCUCACAGCCAGCUUCGAGGCGGACCCCGAGCAGAUGUGCCUGGGCCGGCAGUCGCCCCAGCAAUUUGCCUACCAUAUCUUCUCCACGGCCGCCUUCACGGAGCUCAAGGGCUACGCCCUGAUGGAGUACUCGUAUAUGGUGCUGCGUCAGCUUGGACGGGGUAACUUCACGCAGGAGCUGCAGCUGAUGCGGGAGCACCACCAGCGGCGCUUGGCAGAGGCACAGCGGGUGCUGCAUCAGGUAAUGUCGAAGAGCGGACGCAUCUACUGGCGCUGUGAUCCAGGCGACCAGAAGCAGCAUGUGGAGGAGAAGACCUACUCGCGCGUGACCCGCCUGCUGCAGGGCUUCGUGGAGAACGAGAUCAACCUGAACGAGGGCCAGAACUGCUGGGGCACCUGCGAUGAUCACCACGACAGCAGUCCCACGGGCUGCUAUCAGCCGGAAAAUGAGCUCUGUGGCCAGCAGCCACCCUGCAAGGGGAGGCUCUACAACUGCGGCUUCGUCGAGUCGGAUAUGACCAUCUGCCCGGCGUCCAAUGACUCUGUGCGGCGGUACGAGUACAUCUCCUUUGGUGAUGGGCCCACACUGGGCGAAAAAGGGGACGGGGAGUGCAGGGCCAAGGCGGUGGAGCCCUCCUCCUGGUCGUACUGGCUCUUCUGGCGCUGCCACUACUGCUUCUGCCUGUGCGACGAGCCCGGUCCAAAGUCCGAUCGCUACUUCAACCUGCGCGACUCUGUCUCGGAUUUCGGGCGCAACAGGAUCGUUACCGGUGUCAGGUUUGUGAAGCACCACCGCGUAUUCCACCUGCAGCUGCAGCAGGGCGAGCUCCUGCCCCGCGGGGCCAUUAAUAUCAGCUCCCUGGAAUGGCAGCCCCUGGAGGAGCUCAACCUCACCGAUUCGGAUCUACGCGAUGGCUACGACUAUCACACUUUGAGUGCGGACAGCCGAGCCCUGGACCUGGAUGAGAUCGUGGGCAAUGCCACGCACCACGUGGUCACCGGUGUACGUUUCCGUGUUCUCAACAAACACCUGAAUCUCGAGGUGCGCUUCACUCCCUUUAACUUCUCUACUGGCCUCCUGGUGGAACCGCAAACGAAGAGCUAUUGGCUGGGAAACACCAACGCGCAGCGCCAGAAGCUGAUUGUGAAGGACGGUGGUCUGCCCACCGCCUCUGAGCUGCCGUCGCUGCCGCUAUCUAAGACCAACCAGUUCAUGGAGUUUACCAGCUCCAGCCGGGAGAAAGAUGCGGCCCAGAACACAGUGCCCUUUGUGGAUGUGCAGGAGGUGGUUCCUCAGCCGCCGGUUCCGCUUGUUGGCCUGGGAAUCUAUCACAAAGGGCGACCCGGCUACGGGGGUUUCUUUGCCCCCAAAGUGGUGACCUUUGAUUUCUCCUCGAAUCUGUUUGAUUCUCUUAACUAAAUGCUACCAAUUUUGUGCUUUUAUACUUGACCAAGGGGCCAGUGGCUCAAAGUGAGACAGAUACAGGGAGUUAGCCUUAAGACAAGCCAUUUAACUUGAACAAAAAUUAAGAACUAAGAAUCUGCCAUAAGGUACAUGAACCUAUAUUAACCAUAAAACAUUAUUAUAAUCAUUUCGAAGACUAAAAAUAAUGCUUAUUAUCAUAUAUAUUUUUAUGUUCUUUCAACAUUAUUAAUCAUAAAUAAAUUGGCAUUCAAGAGUCA